GGGCUGGUAUCCCAGAAGCAGCGGCGGCGGAGCCGGUGUGAGACGGCUGUAUCGGGCUGCAGGCCACUGCAAGGCGCGGCGAAAUGGAGGUGGCGGGAAUAUCGGCGCCCACAGUGACCAUUUUCAUUAGCAGCUCCCUCAACAGUUUCCGCUCUGAGAAGCGGUACAGUCGGAGUCUCACCAUCGCUGAGUUUAAGUGUAAACUGGAGCUGGUGGUGGGCAGCCCUGCUUCCUGCAUGGAACUGGAGCUGUAUGGAGUUGAUGACAAAUUCUACAGCAAGUUGGAUCAGGAGGAUGCAUUGCUGGGCUCCUAUCCUGUAGAUGACGGCUGCCGCAUCCAUGUCAUUGACCACAGUGGUGCCCGCCUUGGAGAGUAUGAGGACGUGUCCAAAGUGGAAAAAUUUGAACUCUCUCAAGAAGCCUAUGACCAGAGGCAAGACACAGUUCGCUCCUUCCUGAAGCGCAGCAAGGUAGGCCGAUACAGUGAAGAGGAGCGAGCACAGCAAGAAGCCGAGACCAACCAGCGCCUCGAAGAGGAGAAGGCCCAAGCCAGCACCAUUUCUGUGGGCAGCCGCUGUGAGGUGCGGGCACCUGGACAGGCCAGUCGCCGGGGCACUGUCAUGUAUGUAGGACUCACAGAUUUCAAGCCUGGCUACUGGAUUGGUGUCCGCUAUGAUGAGCCAUUAGGGAAAAACGAUGGCAGUGUGAAUGGGAAACGCUACUUCGAAUGCCAGCCCAAGUAUGGAGCCUUCGUCAAGCCAUCGGUUGUGACAGUGGGGGAUUUCCCAGAGGAAGACUAUGGGUUGGACGAGAUGUGACACCCAGGGAAGGGCAUCUCCCUGUUCCAGCUCCUGUCUCAGCCACUCAUUGCCCUUCUCUACAUGUGUACCCCUGGCCCUCUGCUCCUGACCUCGUUUUAAUUUUAUUCACCUUUUUCCCUCCCUUUGAUUUUAGAGAUUUGUACAUUAAAUGCAUCAGAAACCUGGGAAGUAUGUGGAAGUGGCAUGAAGAAGCUGGGUAAAUAAGGAUUAAAUAAGGACCUAGGCAAAGCA